AUGUCAUUGCUCUUUACAUGCCUCUCCUUCUAUUAUCAAGGUCUUUCUCAGGACCAUCUUCGAAAGAGUCUGGAGCAAAUAUUGAAAUCAGAUGACCCUGCUCGUGAAUUGAAGAAUGGAUUCAAGCAUCUGAAAGUCUCUCUGCUCGAAUACAUCUGGCGCCAUUUCCGCUUCAACACGGCCGCUAUUGAUUAUUUCUUGAACAAUUUCGUGUUUCCAAAGCAUGCAAAGCAGUUCCACGUGAAAUUGCGCUUCAAGAAUAUUAGAAUUCUGAUUGAUUCAGGAGCUGCGAUCUUGGAGAUGACCAACUAUGACCUGGCCAAGAAAUUGCUUGAACUCGAUACAACCGCUCCGGCUGCAAUCUAUUUCGACGAGGACAACCGUGCCAUGGUCACUUACCGGGGCAGGAAGACUUUGCCCUUAGUGGCGUCGCCAUUUGCUGAUAACUUGGGUGAGUGCUUAGUCUAUCUCGACGAAUCUCACACGCGUGGUACCGACUUGAAAUUUCCACCAGGCGCUCAUGGCGCUGUUACGCUCAGUCUGGGCCAAACAAAAGACCAAAUAUUGCAAGUGGUGAUGAGGCUUCGUCAAUUGGGCACUACACAGAGAGUUACGUUCAUUGCACCUCCUGAGGUCCAUCAGUCAAUCAUAGACUUUCAGCGCAAGACAGUGCGCAACCAUAUCGAUUCGCGUGAUAUUAUUUGCUGGUUACUUGAGCAGACAAUUCAAGGCCUUGAAAAUCUUCAACCGUUAUUCUAUGCCCAGGGUACAGAUUUUUGCCGCCGCUCACAGGCUAGGAAUGACUACCCUAACUUCCUGACUAAUGCAUACCACCGUUCCUCCUACGCCAAAGUGCUGGAGGAUCCUGAACAACACACUCUGAAAUCGCUUUAUGAACCUCGUUAUGAGAAAAGCGGUCGAGGAAAGCUGCCUCAGGGCCCAUUCAAUGAUGGCCAGAUUGCUUCGUUUGUGAGAGAGCUUGAGACAAAUCGUAAAGCAUUCCGGGACACGGGGAAUGCAGUCCAUGCCUCUGCGCUUCAAGAAGUCGAACAGGAACGCGAAGUGGCUAUCGGAGCUGAGACAGUUCGUGAGAGACAAAACCCACCACGCUUCUACCCCCAGAGCUUUUCGGGUCUCGACCUUGACAUUCGGGCAUUCGUCAACUCAGGCGAGUUAAGGGCAGGGAAUAUGACAUGUCAGCAGCUUUUUCUAUACAUGCGUCACACAAAUAUUGGCCAGAAAUAUAAGUUGAAUCUGCCGGUUAACUCGAGGCUAUUUGUCUCACUGGAAUUUCGCAAGACAGUAUACAUGACUACCGGCAAGUACCAUGAUAACUUCCUGAGGCACACUCAGUACAUACUCUGGAGCGAACUAUCAGAUACUGCGAUUCUCGUCAGCCCAGAGGAAGCCGAGCUUCUCGUACCGUUACUUAGGGAAGCAGUCAAACAAGAGGUCCAUCUACUGACCUACGCAGCUCCAGUCACGAGGAAGAUGCUACAAUUCAACGAUUUGAAAUACUAUGCAAUAUCGUCACUCAGACAGGAUUGGGAGGCUCCUUUGUGGCUCCGGGUCCAGGUCGGGCUGUUCUCAGGCCGUCUUUACUUCCCUUUCGAGGAGCUUGCUCACAUGCUCGAGUUCCUUGAUGUCACUAACAAUGCAACGUGCGAGGAGUCAUCCCGUGGGCUGGCAGAAAUAGACAGGUUGCCUUUCUACGGUACCGAAAACACUCCAGUGGAGUUUGAAGAAAUUGAUCUUAUUGCUCAGCCUGGGUCCAUACCAUGCAAGGCACCACAGGCCCAACUCACAAAAGUCAAGACACUGGGUUUCCUCCAAGAAUGGCUCAACCUUCGAGCAAAAGACCAAGAUUUCGCACAAACGCCGAUGGGGUAUGUUUGCUCUGGGAAGGUGCUUACUAGAGAUCAUCCAUUCUUCCGUGAUAUUGACUCCGAAGCAAGACUACAUGCACCAGCCACGUCCAGUGAUACCCCGGACGGGGACCUGAGCCUGACCAAGGACGUCGAAGACGACGGAGUCUCUGAUCUUGAUUGUGAUGAUCUCCAUGAACGUCAAAAGCUCACGGAUGCGGAGAUGAAGCGUGCCGCCGCCUUAAAGGAUGGAGAAGACAUCUUUGUUGAUGCGGAGGAGCAUCUCGACGAUGGGGAGGAGGAUGAUAAGUAA